UAGCUGCAUUAAUCGUAUGUACACGCAUGUACUGUUUGGUGUAUGCAAUAAGUACACGUUGUUGCUCAAUGUAAAUUAUUUGAUCAGUGUUUUUUUUAACAACAAUUCAAUGAGCUGCUGGGGUGACGGUCUAUUGUUGUUUGACAGUGCUUUUAUAGUUAAUUUUAUUGACUGACAGGCUGACAGCUGUUGUAAAACAUCUUGGUACAAUUGUUGAUAGUCGCCCGGAUUUUGUUGAAAAAAAAAAAAAUUUAGUAAACAGGGCGUUUUGAUCUCAGCAAAGAUGAAAAGGAAAUCGGACAAGGAAGGUCGAGUUAUGGAAGAGGCAGGGGAAAUUAAUGGAUUUACAGUGGAGCAUGGCAACAUCGAAGGGGACAGAGCCAAUAUUGCCAUACUCUUGUUUUUAUACUUACUGCAGGGGAUACCGUUGGGUCUAUGCAGCUCCAUUCCUAUGAUUCUUCAGAAUCACAACGUAUCGUACAAACAACAGGCAGAGUUUAGUUUUGUCAUAUGGCCAUUCUCGUUAAAACUACUGUGGGCUCCAAUAGUUGAUUCAGUAUUUAUUUCAAAGUUUGGCAGAAGAAAAACGUGGCUAUUACCGGUGCAAUAUUUAAUGGGUAUUUUUAUGUUAUUUUUAUCAAAUCAUGUAGAUCGUUGGUUAGGUAAUGAAGAAGGCAGUCAAUUAAACAUUGGUUUGUUGACUGUUUUAUUCUUUGCACUAAAUGUUCUUGCCGCAACUCAAGAUAUUGUUGUUGAUGGUUGGGCCUUGACUAUGUUAAAAAGAUGUAAUGUGGGUUAUGCAUCAACGUGUAAUAGUGUUGGCCAGACGGCUGGUUUCUUCCUUGGCUAUGUAUUAUUUAUGGCCUUUGAAUCAGCUGAUUUCUGCAACUCAUACCUAAGAUCAACACCUUUAAGUACAGGAUUAGUAACGCUUCCUGGAUUCUUAUACUUUUGGGGUUGGAUUUUUAUUAUUGUCACUACUUUCAUUGGAAUAUUUAAACAUGAAAAUCCAGAAAAUAGUCCAAAAAGUGAAAACAUUAAUGUAGCCAAAGCAUACCAAAUGUUGUGGACAACUAUAAAAUUACCAAAUAUAAAACUUAUGAUGAUAAUAUUAUUGACUGCCAAGAUUGGUUUUUCUGCAAGUGAUGCAGUUACUGGUUUAAAAAUGGUGGAAGCUGGAAUUCCAAAAGAGAAAAUUGCUCUAAUGGCAGUACCACUGAUUCCUUUGCAAAUAGUAUUGCCACUCUUUAUAUCAAAAUACACAGCAGGGCCAAAACCAAUGGAUGUUUUCUUAAAAGCAUUUCCUUACAGGUUGAUGUUUGGUUUGGUUGCAACAUUUUUAGUUUAUGUGACACCGUAUUUAAUAAAUCGUGGAGAAGUACCAGCUUACUACUUUAUAAUACUCAUUUCGUUAUAUGUACUUCAUCAGAUUUGUGCAAGUUGCAUGUUUGUUGCCUCAAUGGCUUUUUUUGCGAGGAUCAGUGAUCCUGCUGUUGGCGGUACCUACAUGACAUUUUUGAAUACUUUAUGCAACCUUGGAGGAAAUUGGCCAGCCACAGCAGCUCUAUAUUUUGUUGACACUCUCACGUUUAGAGAAUGUAACAAUAACUCUUUGAAUGAUUGCAGUACAGUUGAAAAUAAAGAGGCUUGUGUUAAUGCAGAUGGAGUUUGCAACAUGUACAUUGAUGGAUACUACAUUGAAAGUAUUCUUUGCGUUAUAGUUGGUUUUGUUUGGUUGAAGUGGGGGAAAACGAAAAUUCAGUAUUUGCAAGAAAGGCCUGCAUCUACAUGGAAAGUUGUGCGAGAUAAAAGAUAAGCUUUUUACACAAUUAGUACUUUUAUUGUAAUUUCCUUCAAAAGAUUGGAAUUCGAACUAGCAUAAUUGUAUAUAAUGAGUGCAAUGGUUUUGAUACAUGGUUGCCUAAGAGCAUAACACAGUGAUUUUUUAAGAAAGAAAAUUUAUUGUUAAAACAAGAGUGUGAUAGUUUUACCUCAAUUAUAUUCUUCCAGUAUAUUUUCACGCUGCUGAAUAAUUAAAAACAUUUUAAUACACUGUACAUAGAUGUAAAACAUUACUAUAAAUUAGCAGGUUUUCUUUGUCAUCUGUGAUUGACAUUACUAAGUUAUGUGUAUUUGCAUGGAAGACUGCUGUUAAAGUAAAUUGUUAACAAAACAAACGAUUUUUUAAAUCAACUUAAUAUUUUUUAUUAAACAAAUUAUAAUUAUCACAGAUUACUUGGAGCGUUUUUGUAACGUUCAUUAGUUGUACUAUGAACGAAACCAUUCUGUUCAAUAACUAUAAGUAUUUUUUACUUUGAAAUAUUAAGUGCAUGC